CAUCGUCGAAAUUCCCACCCCAUUUCCUCCAGAUCAUCUAUUUCCUCUAAUGCCGAGUUGACCACCACGUUGAGAAAGCACACAUCUUAGUGUCGCAACACCAAACGAGAACAUGAGAUGGCUGGAUGGACACGAGCGAAGAAGCUGGCCAACAAACGGAGCAACCUGGCGUGAGAGGUCGGCGACUCGCCAAUUACAACUUGUGAAAACGAACCCACGACCCCAUGUCAGCCAAGCACCGCCAACGCCGCCCGGCCUUGCAGGCUGUUGCUCAUUGCCUCAGCCCAGGGACUUUCGUAGGCCUGUUGGUGCCACAGAAGGAUGAGCCGCUAACAAUAGUCGUAUCCUUGGUUCUGUCGGACGCGUCGCGGACAUAAAGGCAGGAUGCGUCCUAUGCAGGCAGUUGUGAAGCUGAAGAGCGCCCAAUUUUCCGAACCAGUCGUUACACCUCGUCGUCGCCGCCCGUCACGAUGGUCCAUCUCGCCUCCGCGCUUGCACGGACUUUGCCCCUCGCCGGUCUCGCCGUUGCAGCUCCGGCUAUCUCGACUCCAUUUCGGAGACAAACGUCAAGCAACGACGCUUGCGCCGAGAUUGGUCGAGCUUACGAUGAAGCCGUUUUGGCGAACACAACAAACAACGUGGUGGUGAAGCCUUCAGUUGCAUACGAGUGUCUGAGAUCGAUCCCGGUAGACGUCGAAAGAGACAUUGCGAUUGUCGAAUACAUCCGGCCGUGGCUCGAGUUCCAAAGCACAAUUGGCAUUCUUCCUAACCCACCAGAGGAGUACCUGUACCCAGGGGUCGACAUCUUUGGCGGUUUCGACAACAUCACGAGCUCUCUCGAGAAUGGAGGAUACGAAUCGCAGCUUGACUUCACCGUGGAUCUGUACAGACUGAUCAAUGUCAAGCCUCGCGAUGGGCAUUUGGCAUGGUUCCCUGCUCUGGCCCUCUUGAUCAACUUCUCGGCCCCAGCCCUCUUCGUUUCAAUCUCAGAAGAUGGUGUCCAGGCGCCCAAGAUCUACCUUCACUCCGACUAUGAGCGAAGUCUGCAGCAAGGAUACAAUGCGUCCGAGGUCAAGUCCUUCGACAACUCAUCCAUCGCCGACUACCUCCAGCAGCGAGCCGUCGACAACUCGCGAGACCAGGAUCCCGACGCGGCAUACAACGAGCAGCUCUACAGCGCGGCCUUGGCCAACGUUCUUGAGACCACUGGUGCUCGCAGGUACUAUCACACGACUCUCUCGGACGAGAGUGUCAUCGAGUUCACCAACGGCACUGAGGCCACUGUCGUCAACACCGCCCGUGUUGUGACAAACUUCUCCGGCAUCGACUCUGGCAGCGCCGUCCACGACCGCUUUGAAGUCCCUGGAGAUGACGGUGAGGCGGAGGUAAAGCUCGAAUCUACCCCAAGGGACUUUUCGCCGGAACUAGAGGGAUACCCUCUCCCUUUCGUGAUCCAUGAGGAUAGGUACAUCAGCGGCUACGUCUUCAACGAUUCGGCCUUGGAAGACGCGGCCGUUCUGGCCGUCAACAGCUUCGUGUCGCAAAACAACACUAGAACUAUUGGCCAGACUGUCAUCGAGGCGAUGUUGGAAGACCCCAUCGAAUUUGGCAGAGUCGCCAUCGGGUUCGUCGAAGCCAGCAGGAGACAAGGGAAGUCCAAGCUCAUCCUCGACCUGCAAGGCAACGGCGGCGGCCUAGUGGCCAACGCGAUGGCCUUGUAUGGGAUUCUGUUUCCCGAGGGCGGCAAGGAGGCGCACAUGAACAUGCGCGUUCGCGCCCACCAGGCCCUCGACUGGGUCGGCUCAACGGCGGAGAAGCUCGGCGUCGACUUGCAGACGAUCCCGUACCCCGUAGGCUUCAGCGGCUUCGUCGACGAGGACCUGAAGAAUUUCACCAACUGGCAGGACUUUUACGGCCCAGAAAAGAUCGGCGGCGAGGAGUACACCAACAUCGUGCAGCCGACGUCUGUGGCCACCGCCCGCGACGGUAGUCCCGGCGUCUUCGAGGUCCCGGAGCCGUGGUUCAAGCCCGAAGAUACCGUCAUCGUCACCGACGGCCACUGCGCGUCGGCCUGCGCCUACAUCGUGGGCAUGAUGACCCGUGAGCUCGGCAUCCAGGUCAUCGCCAUGGGUGGCCGGCCGAUCGACGCGCCCAUGCAGGCCGUCGGCGGCACCAAGGGCGGGCCCGUCCUCUCGCUGAACCUCUACCAGCUCCUGUACCCGACGCUCGGCGCCUUCGCGACGCCGCCCGACGACGUCGACCUGACGCCCUUCGCGCAGCAGGACCCGCCGCUGGCCGGAUCGCCGACGGCGACGUGGACCAUCAACUCGGCCAACGUGUACCUUGACGACGACCUCGACGGCACGCCGGUCCAGUUCCGGUACGAGGCGGCGAACUGCAAGCUGUACUACACCUGGGACACUCUGACGAACAUGACCAGCCUGUGGGCGGCGGUGGCGGGCGUCAAGUGGAACGGCGGCCGGUGCGUGGCGGGCUCUACGACGAACGACGACGGCACCAUGGGCUCGUCGACGGUCGGGUACUCGGACAAGGUCGUGUCGGGCUUCCAGUGGGCUGCCGGCCCUGGUGAUGUGAUCGAGGGGGCAAGCUCUGGCAACGGCGGCGGCGGCGGCGGCGGCGAUGACAACGACGAUGGGAACGGUGGGGGUGGUGGGAGCGGCGAGGACGAGAGCGCUGCCGGCUCACUUCGCGCCGGCGGAGGUCUGUUGGCUUUCCUGAUGUUCGCGGUGGUGUUGGUGUUCAACAUGUAACGAAGCGCGAGAACCGGCAGAUGAUGCUUCACAGUAUUCCUAACGAAAGCUGUUUAAUACCGUAUAUCCAAACUGCUUUUUCAAGACACAAUGUUUGUGCUCAGAUAUGCU